AUGGUUCCGCCUGGUAAGCAGCAGCUGAUGGGGGGUGUCGACGGCGGCGUGGACGGUGCUGGUGCCGCCGGCAGCGGCGGGGGCCGUGGCAGGAGCCGUGGGCUUGUGGAGGAGGAUCACCAGACGUUAAACAACCAGGUUAAUCAGUACUUCGAGCAUAUCAAGGAGUACGCUGGAGGGGCGACAGGUGACGAGGAGGACGAGGGAGAGGAGGACGAGGACGAGGACGAGGACGAUGAAGAGAUGGAGGGUGACGAGGACGAGGACGAUGACGAGGACGAUGAUGAGGACGAGGAGGACGACAGGUAUGUCUCCAACAACGGGGUCGACGUGGACGUGGACUUCGGCGUCGACCUGGAGCUCAACAUCGACAGAGCCAUUUCUGAGAGCUUGGCGAACUACAACUCUGCGCAGAUGCGGGAGCACAACCUGAGCUCCAGCGUCGGCGUCGGCGUCAACGUGGACCGGGCGAAGGAGCACAAGGGCAUCAUGGUGAACCGGCGGAUCGACGAAGCGGCACGCGGCGUCGCCAGCACAAACUCGUCGUCGUCCGCAGUCAAUACGCCCGUCAACAGCGAUGUUCCGCAUGCCGUGAAGACCGGCAAGGGUGGCAGCAGCGGCAGCGGCAGCGGCACUGGUAGCGGUACUGGCGCCACCGGCGCCCGCAGCGGUCGCUACGGUGCCAUUGGCGCAGACGUGGUGUUGAAGAGCAACCGCGUGUCGUCGUCGUCGUCGGGCCAGCUCGCAGGACCGCUGGAGACACAGCUCAAGAACGAGGCCUCCGCAGAAAGCUCCAAGCGAGAGUGUCGCUUCUGCGGCAAGACGUUCCAGCACGCCGGGUCUCUUGGCAGACACCUCGACAACCAGAAGGGCAACGAGCUGCACCCACUGGAGGAGGUGGAAAAGAUCAGGUCGAACGUGGCCCGCCGGGGCGACCCGGAGGCCAUCAAGGCCCGCCGGCUGCAGCGCUCGAAAGAGUACAACCGCCGAGAGUACGUCAAGGAGAAGAACCGGCUGCGGCGAAAGUUUACCAGCAAGCUCUCCCGCGUGAAGGAGUCCUACCAGAUGAAGUUCUACAGGCGCAUCAACCACCCGACGCUUCCUACACACCCGUCCUUCCCGAGAAUGGUGUUGUUUUUCUUGCCGCCGAGUGCAUGGCCACACGACCCGCCAACGGCGCAAACGUUCAAGACCUUGGUUAUGUGGCUUGAGAGCAACCAGGAGGUGCAGCUCCGCAUCCCGCAUCUGACCAAGUCGAGCACUGUACAGAACCAUCUCGAAAAGCUCACCAUUGGCUUCGAGAACUGGCAGACCCUCUCCACUGAGGACAAGAAGGACAUGUGGAUCCGCGAGCAGCGGGCCGUCUUCCAGCAGCUCUUGGGUGACCUUUCCAUCUUCGACUUCGCCAUCCGAGACAACUGGGCCAAGCAUUUGAUGGAGGAGAAGAAGGCCGAGAUCGGCAAGCAGAAGGAAAUCUACCACGACAUCCUACUUUCCGACAACACCAGCAGGACCGACGUCAACAGCGACCACGGCCACCACAGCAGCAGCCACGACUUUCACGACAGCGAGCACCACUACUCCCAGUCGCAAAACGACAGCGACGACUCCACGGGCAGCGUCCACGACAACCACCGCAUGGUCAGCAUGGACCCGCUGCGCAACGUCGCCGACCACAUCGGGCACAUGGCCGACCAUAUGGGCCCCAUCGGCACCAUCGGACACAUGGCCGACCACAUGGCCCACCACAUGGACAACAUGGAGAUGGACCUUGACAACAUGUCGGGCCUCGGAGACCACCACGAUGACAACGAAGUCAAGCUCGAGGAGGCCGAUUUGGCCGCAGUAGCGGCGGCCGCGGCAGCAGCAGCCGUGAAAGAAAACGGCGGAUUCCACUCAGUUGGCUGA